AUGUCUAAGAUACAACGCACUCCUCCUCAAAUUCCUUUGUUUAGGCUCGCGGAUAAUAAAUGUCAAUCAACCGUUUAUGGAUCUGAUUCUGCCCUUAACAUAUCUUGUACGAGUGUUGAUGAACAAGAUAAUUUAAUAAACAUUACCAAAAGAACCAAACGUAGGCUCAUUGAUACGCCGGUAACUUCAAAUUUGUCAAUUGAAAAAAUGUUUAAUGAGUUACGCUUAUAUCAAGAUAAUAAAUUUGAUGUUAUAAACUCUUCUAUUUCUACUCUAAUUGAGCAAAACAAAGAGAUCCAAAAAUCUGUUGAUUUUAUGUCCGAACAAUAUGAUACUUUAGUUCAUAAAUUGAACUCAAUUGAAAAAGAAAACCAGCAAUAUAAGUCGCAAAUUAAGUCGCUGGAAUCCAAAGUAGAUGUACUGGAGAAGGGCUUAAGAUCCACAACUGUGGAAAUACGGAACAUACCAAUCUUGGAACAAGAAAACAAACAGAGGUUGACCACCACUAUUAAAAAUAUAUGCUCAGCUGUCGAUUCGAAUCCUUUGCUUCAAGAUUUGGAAGUUCGUGAUGUCUUUAGAACCAAAACUAAUGCAAUUAUGGUUGAUUUCACAACUACCACAAGGAAGGAAAACUUCAUUUCGAAAUAUAGGGAAUUUAAUAAGUUGAAAAGAACAAAAAAAGAACCACAACUCAAUACUCAAAUUAUUAAUAUACCUGGACCUCCCAAAACUAUAUUUAUAUCGGAAUCCCUCAGGACGAAAUCCAUUAUUUGGCAAGACAGCUUAUUAAAGAUCGCAAACUUGUUGCCACUUGGACGUCCUUCGGAAAGUAAUAUAUCUGGAGUCUCAAUUAUUUUCUUGUUUUAUAAUGGACCAUCAAGAAGAGGCACCGCUGAAGAUCAACGCUGUAUUAUUGGAUUACAAGAUUUAAAAAUAUCUAACAAAAAUGAGAGCGAUACUGAGCAGGCGCACAAUGCUGUAACUUCCAAUAGCGCUGUCGGAAAGGCAAGGCCUGUAGGCGCAAUAGAGAGUUUCACGUUAGAGAGUACCCCUAGUCGUCAAGAUUACAGCUUUUACGUACGGUCUAAUGUUAUAGCGGCUUCGAAAUUUGCGACACCAAAACGUGUAGAGACAAUUGCUUCAAUUAAUAAAUGUGAUAUUAAUACUGCAGCUUUACCCAAAAGCCCUACGCGAACAGUCGAUAGUGUUUCGCAAGGAUCACUGAGCUACCAAACUGAAGAUUUAUAUGAAAUACCAGGAAAUACUAACACGCAAUAUCCUCCUCCUGUUUACGAAAAUAUCGAUUAUUAUGGUGAACAGUGUUCACCGCAGCCACCAUAUUACCAUCAAAUAUACCAGCAUGGACCUCCACUACCUGUAUCCGAUGGAUAUUAUGACACCCGAUACAGCAAAGCCCAACCCCAAGUGCCUGUAAACUCUAAAACUAAAAUAAUUCCUUCUGUUUAUGAAAACAUGCUUUGCCCAGAUAGUGAUAAAAAGAGUGAAUAUAAGGCACAACUAGGUCAGGAGCAGCAAUUUGUCCAACAAGGGUCAAUUCCAGGCCCACAAGUAGCCAAUUCUACUUUAAACAGAAAUAUGUCACAUAUGACUAAUGAUAACAAAGCAAAGACUGAUAAAGCCCCUCCUUCACCUCUGUACAAUAAAACUCAAAAUAGCCACAGUGGUGACUACCCGACGUGA